GCGCAGCGGUGAAAUGUGUCCGGGCGAGGGGAUUGGCAUUGCGGGCCCGUGUGGCUCCGCCCUUCCUCCCGGUGGCGGAGCGGAACGGAGCUGAAUCCCUACGCGGGACGCCGGGCGGGCCGGCGUGGCGAGGAUGAGCACGAAGCAGGUGACCUGCAGGUACUACGUGCAAGGAGUGUGUCGGGAAGGAAACAAGUGUCUGUUCUCGCAUGACUUAUCUACAAGUAAAUCGUCCACCAUCUGCAAGUACUACCAGAAGGGACAAUGUGCCUACGGAGCUCGGUGCAGGUAUGAUCACACCAGGCUCCCUGUGUCAGGGGGUGCAACAGCCCCUGCGCCACCUCCUCUCUCAGCAGCAGCGCUGCACAACCCUCGCCAUCCUCCUGAGCACAGCGCACCCAUAAUCAGGAGCAAACUGCAUGAGACUGGCAAACGGGAGAAGAAGACGCUGGUGCUCAGGGACAGAAACCUGUGUGGAUUGAAUGAAGAAAAGCAGACGACCAGUGCCACAGGUGAUGCAGUGUGUUGCAGUGACCAAAAUGAUAAUCUGGAAAUGAAGCCCCAUUCCUAUUUGGAAGCAAUUUGCAGUGGACUGGAAGAUUCAGUAGCUGGAAGCUCCUGCGCUGACGGAGAGCAGCUGUGUCCUUAUGCCGCAGCGGGAGCAUGCCACUUUGGAGAUCGCUGCCUUUACCUCCACGGAGAUGUGUGUGAGAUCUGUGGAUUGCAAGUACUUCACCCUUUUGACCAAGAACAGAGGAAGGCUCAUGAGAUGAUGUGCAUGGCAACAUUUGAGCACGACAUGGAGAAGGCCUUUGCCUUUCAGGCAAGCCAGGACAAGGUGUGCAGUAUCUGCAUGGAAGUGGUGUACGAGAAACCAUCGGCCUCCGAGAGGAGGUUUGGGAUCCUUUCCAACUGCAAUCACACGUACUGCUUGUCUUGCAUCCGGCAGUGGAGAUGUGCCAAGCAGUUUGAGAAUCCAAUCAUAAAGUCUUGCCCAGAGUGCCGUGUGAUAUCAGAGUUUGUCAUUCCCAGUGUGUAUUGGGUAGAAGACCAGGAGAAGAAAAAUGAGCUCAUUGAAGCAUUUAAGCAGGGAGUGGGGAAAAAGCCCUGCAAGUACUUUGAACAAGGGAAAGGAACUUGCCCGUUUGGAGGAAAGUGUCUUUACCUUCAUGCUUAUCCAGAUGGGACACGAGCUGAGCCUGAAAAACCACGGAAACAGCUCAGCUCUGAGGGGACUGUGCGGUUCUUCAAUUCUGUUCGUCUGUGGGACUUUAUUGAAGAUAGAGAAAGCAGGACUGUGACCAGCACAGACAAUGAAGUAACAGAACUUGGAGAACUUUUCAUGCACCUUUCUGGGACUGAGGAGGAUUCUGCUAUUUUUCAAUAAAGAGAACUAAAGAAGUCCCUCAGAAUUACUGAGCAAAGUAUGAGUUAAAGUACAACAGUAUAAAACUAAGUAAGAGAUUACAUCAACUUUCAAGGAAACAGAAUCAACCUCCCCUUCUAAGGAAUGAUAACUCAGCAAAGAUGGCCUAUAAAUGAUUAAAAUUUUAAAACUGCAAAGAGCAAAAAUGCAGGGGUUUUUUUUUUCCUGUUUCAUUUAUAUAGGCAUACUACUAUGUAAGUUAGUUUUAAAACCUUUUAUGGAAAACUAAAAAGUUUUGGCUUUUGCAUUUUUUUUUUUAAAGAAAAAACUGUUUCUGGUUUUGUAAUUUUGUUUCAGGUGAUUUGUGUAUUUUAGAUGACACAAACAAAUGUUGGCCAAACAUCCUGAUAUGCUUAAUGAACACUUCCUGACUUUUCUCACAAUACAUAUACUUAAGUAACAAU